AUGCCGAAGCGAGUCUCCACGCCUCCGCCAGACUGGAAGUCUGAGCCGAAGUACUUCACUAUUUACCAACCCUACCCCAUCCAUGCGAACAUGGAGUUAGAUACGGACAGAAAGCUGCUGUGCUUUUGGAUUGCAUGCAUACUCGGAGAUCCCAAGUAUCUGUUUGCUCUGUUCCAUAAGCCUUCGUCGCCCAACAUGGUAAUCAUAGAAGUAGAUCGGUCCUGCCCCAGCUAUGAGCGGCUGCUCGGAGAACAUAAGUGGUCGGAGUUCCUGCUGCAACCGCACUGCGAUGAAGUCGCUCGCAGCAGUAAGAUAUACUACAGCCGAUGGAGCCACGCCCGUGGCGUAGAGAAGAAUGGCGAGUGCUUUAUUGCUUCCGAACCUUGUUAG